GUUAAUAUUUGUCAGCGCAGAUUUCUGAUUGGAAUACAAUUUAGCUGGGCAAAAGUUAAAAUUUAGAAUAAUUAAAGGAUUUUUUUGUUAAAAAUGUUGGCUGAUGUUGAUGUUUUCAUCACCAACUAUACCAUAGUAGAUCCGGAAAUCUAUCAACUAUGGAUAGAGGGAUUUUCUUCUACCGAGGCUGUUUGUUAUCUGAAACAAAAGGGUUUUGCCCAUUCCAUGGGCGUACAUUUGGACUUAAUAACUUCAGAUGUUUUAGAUCAUUAUCGCACUUAUUCGCUAAUCGAGCGGCUGUUGCAUGCUCCCACUAAAUUGCUAGAACAAUCUUGUUUCCAAUUGGAACCGGAGACUCGGGAUCUUAUUAUAGAAAAAUACUACUCCAUUGAUGAUUGUGUGGCUCGCGAAAUAUUGGGCAAAAAGUUGUCUUCACGUUAUCGCAAGGAUUUGGAUGAAGUGGCUGAAAAGACUGGAGUUAAAUUGAAAUCUUGCAGACGCCAAUUCGAUAAUGUUAAACGGAUAUUUAAAGCGGUAGAAGAGCUACCCGGCAAUAUAACACAAAAUAUUAAGCAGCUAUUCAAUAUACGCGAUGAACUAGCCAAAAAAUAUGCCUCCAUAGUAUUUUUGGCCUGUUUACGUUUUGAAACCUCUAAGAAAAAGUUGCAGUAUUUAACCUUUAACGAUUUGUUUGCCUGCUCGCAGGCUGUCAUGAUCUAUUGGACGUAUACGUAUCAGCAUUCGGGUCCCGAAUACUAUGACACUGAAAUGGAUAAAGAAUUUCUAUUGGAUUUAAGAGAACUAAGAUGUUUAUUGGACAAAGAAAAGGAAAUCAAACAUUUAGUUUGUUUGCGUUUAAAACCAGUUUUAUUGGAAAGAUCAUUUCAUGAGUUGGACUCAAAUUUUCGCUCCUAUUGGCGUUCUUUGAUUAGUAUUGCUUGCAAUUUACAUCGUACACGCGAAUUGCGUGAUUUAUUUGUCGAUCUUUGUGAAAAAUUAAUCGAACCCUGGCGCCAGAAUAUUUGGGCUCGCGAUCAUGUCAAUAAGUUUUUAGCUGCCACCACACAAAGUGUUUUAGAUUUGGAAAUAUCGAGAGAUCAAGAAACCCGCUGCUUGUGGGAUCGUUAUAUGCAAGUUAUUAGUAUCUGUUUAGAUAAAAUGUAUCAUGUUUAAUUUGUAAUUGUAUUUAUUUAAUAAUAUUUUUUAAGUUGCCAAUAUAUUUAUUAUAAUUUUGUUAAUUUUUCAUAAAUUAGAGGACAUUUGACAAUUUGAUUGGAAGAAAGUUGAAGAAGCGAAAACGUUUUGUUUAAUAAAUAAAUAAAAAAAAAUAUUUAAAAA